AUGGGAAAACUUGGUGGAUACCUUACAAGACCUACUUUAUGCAAGGUAUGUUGUCAUCUUUGAAAUGUGUACAUAUAGACCCUAUAUGCCCCAGCCUUAAUAAAUGGGAGAAACAUAAUUUCUGAGAACAUUAACUGUCAGAUUGCAACUGCUAACUAUUCAGUCUAACCUGAGUUGAACAGCAAUCUGAACCAUAGUCCUGGAAAUUGUCUCCAUUUAUUAGUAUAAACUGACCUCUAUUUAGCUGUCAAGCUAAAUGGUUAUUGCAUGUCCUCACAUCAAGUAAGCAGCCUUUUGGCUGUGUAUGUACAUGUAUCUGGACAUGUUUUGGUCAUCUCGCACUCAUGACAGCAGCUAGCAAAAUGCAACUGACAACUGAAGCCACCUAGGAUUCUGAAACCUUUCUUGCUAAUAAUAGAACAGCUCUUAACGUUAAUACAUGUCCACCAUUUACUUUGAUAGAGUUGCAGGCAUGCAGGCUUGCAAAAAUCUUCUUACUCAUAAAUUCUAAUAAAAUUGUUACUUAUCAUAAGGAAAGGUCUCUGAUAGGUCUUCUUUCCUAAAUGAAUGAUUCCUUCACUGUACUGAUUCAAAAAUAUUUAAGGAGUUACAGUGGUUAAGGUUCAAGUUACAUCAUAAUAGCAUCCAAACAAGACCAAGCUAUCUUGAGAAAUCAGUUGGCCAUUCCCCAGGGCUUAAGUGACUGCUUUUAUCAUACAGGACUGGUUUCAUUGUAAUAAUUUUUAUAUUAUCAGUGGUAGUCGAAAUAUUUGUUCAUUAUUUUGUUUCCCAUCAGUAGGAAUUUACUGAGUAUCAACAAGUUAUCAGUGUUGCAGCAGGACUUAGACACUCCAUAGUUGCUUUAGGUAAGAUAGAUGUUAAAAGUCCUCAAUUCCUUUGUCGAGAGUUCAGGAUAACUAUUUGAGUUACUGUGUACUUGUCAACAGGGUGCAAAGAAAGUCAGUUUUACAGCUUACCAUUCAGGCAAGCUGUAGGUAGCUUGUACUUUUGGCCUAGAGUCAUUUUAACUGGCCUGAAAAAAAUUUUGAUGAUCAGAAUUGAUUACAGCUCUUCUGUACUUUGAAUUCCUGCCAAAACUUUGAUGCUUGCCUGUUGGGUUAAGAACAGAAUUCACUAUCCUGAUAGCAAAAUACAAUAGCCCCAUACCGGGCUAUCUGGCACUGGUCUCCAUACAUGCUGGUUAACAUCUUUUAAUUGUUAGUUCUUUGUUUUAAAUGAUUUUUUUAAAUAAUAUUUUUAUAUGGAAGUGCUGUCCUCCUGUUUCAUAAUGAAUAGCCAAAUGCUUUGAAGAUUAAAGUUGUGAAUAGAAGUUUUGCUGUCAUUGCCAAAAUUAUUGGGAAUCUGCUGUGGUUUCACAAUCAAUCAUUGAAAAUAUUCCCAUUGGCCCACCCAAUUGAUAAUUAUUUUAUUAUAAUAAAUUGUAAAAACUCCCUUAUAAGAAAUUUCAUAUAUUUCUCAACUUUGUGCAAGUCGAAGUACAUGUUGAAGUACAUGUUCAUGUUAAACAUUUUCUAUAAUCAGUUAUCCUUUCUAUUAAAGAUGUUGAUUGAUGAUCAUUAAAUUUAUUAUUAUCAAGGAUCAGCUUAUACCACUAUGGUAUAAUGAAAUACUUCAUAUUAAGGAUGAAACAAACCUUUUUGGAUUAUUUAGUGAUCAAUGCAAACAACCUUUUUUGUUUUUCAAAGCUGAUGGAUCUGUGUGGUGUUGGGGAGCAAAUAAGAAAGGGCAGCUUGGCUUUGGGAAAACAAGCAAUAACAGUGUGACUCCUUUGCAAGGUUUAAAAAUAAUUAAUUUUUACUGUAGCAGAAUUUACCUUAUGAUACAAGUAAAGUAAGGUCCAUGGUUUCAAAAGCUAGAACUAUGUAUUAUGUUGAAAGUAUAUGUUGUUGGUAAAAAUUGAUAUUUUGUCACGUUUAACCACUUAGUUUUCAGCCUAGUUUAAUUCAGAAUUCCCCUUGACUUGUUUCCUAGCCCUAAUUAUUCAUAGGAGACCAAGGAAAUUCUGGUUAAACCUGAGAACAGAUUUUACUCACAACUAUUGUCACUACAAAUUCUUAUAGUGUUAUCAUUCAAUUAAACCCCCCUGCUAGCAUUGUUGCAUGGUACUAUUUAUUCCUAGGUAUUUUGCAAAAAGAAAUUUGAAUUUUUGGGAAUUUCUCCUUGUCCACUGUUAGACAUGAGAGGGUUCAUAGGACCUUGAUAAGGUGACUUCCAAGUUUAGGAUAUUAUGAUUAAGCAAACUUUUCCUAUAUACGUUUUUCUAUCAUAAAUAGUCAGUAUUCCAGAUUGCUGUCAGAAGUUUGUACAGGUAGUUGCUGGAUCUCAUCAUUCCGCAGCAUUAACAGCCUCAGGACAGGUCUUCUGCUGGGGUUCAAAUCAACAUGGACAAUGUGGCAGGCCUCCAGAGCACUGUGCUCAGAUUUUUGCCAAUCCACAGCUGAUAAGAGGAGCGAUUUCUGACAAACAUAUCGCUCAGCUGAAAUCUGGGUGGAGUCACCAUUUGGCCAUCACAGGUUUAAUAAUCAGUACUUUAUAUAUUUAUUUAUUUAAAUUGAUAAUCACAUUUUACAAUACUACAAAAAAGAUCAUUUGCAGUAGACAUUCACUAACAAACAAUGGACUAGAACUAAAUUAAUUGUUGAAUUAUUACUGUGCAAAAGAAAUUAAAGCAGUUCAACAGUUCUAUAAAUGCAUGCCUUAAACACAUUUCCAAUGACUGUAAAAAAUGGUUGUUGGAUGACUAUUAUUUUGUUUAAAUUAAAAUUAGCCUGAAUAGCCUUGCUUCAGAUAAUGUAUUCUUGAAUUUUGUACUGACAAAUGAGGCUAGUCAGGCUAAUUUUAAUUUAAACUUAAGAAUAUUAAUCCAGCAACCAUUUUGCAUUGGGUCCAUUAUGUGCAAUACAAUUUGCUAAGGAAAAACCUUAAUUGCGCAGAAUGCUCCUGUUGUAUUAAAAUGACCUCACAUAUGGAUGUGAAUUUUGAUAACUCAGUUUACAUGUAUAUGUUGUUUUCAAUAUUUUAAUUUUGCUUUGUUUCACAAACUCUUUAUCAAUCUUUACAUACCCACCUCCCUGCCCCCACCAAAGAAAGGAAGUUAGUGGAAUUUAGGUAAAAUUGAUCCCAAAAGCAUACAUAGUAUAAUUAUGUGAAAAAAAUUGUGGAGACAAUUUUCAGGAGUCAGUGCAAGAGGAUAAAUAGCAUUCCAGUUUCUUUGUUCACUCAUCAUAUUUACAUAUUAAUUACAUAGUAUAGAACUUUUUAAAUGAAAAUCAACCUUCUUUAUAGUGAAUCACCUGCUUGCUUGUUUGUUUGCGUGAUUGGUUGUUAAACAGAUCAGUGGAAUUAAUGAAUGAUUGACUGAUAACUACAAAAUUGUAUGUGGCUAUCCUAAAAAUAUUUACAGAUGUUAGAAGGAUGAAAACUGAAUGAUUGAUGCAAACAACAAAUUGCAUCUUCAGAAGAUCAGUUAGAAAUUUCCUGGAAACAUAAUGAUAAAUUAAUUUUGUGCUGUUAUGUUAUUUUGUGUUUGCAGAGGAUGGUCAGAUCUUUUCAUGGGGUCGUGCAGACUAUGGUCAGUUAGGUGUAGGUGAUGACGUGGUACAGCAGGGAUUCUGUAGUGAACCAACGCAAGUUGUACAAGUCAGUGGUGCUAAACAGGUAGAACCAUGAUUCAUUUCAUUGAAACAAAUUCUCCGCCUUUAACCUAAGUCUACUACAACACUGAUAGGUGAAUUCCGCAGAAAAGGGAGGUUUAUUUUGGUCAUAUUUUUGAAGUUUGCUCCUGCACAACUGUAUUCAGAUCCUGAAGGUUAACCAUCUCGCCAGAGCUUAUCUUUGGUUCCAUAACAUGAAGGCCAUUAUUUUGCACACCUAGCUGGCACAGUGAGACUAACGUGUUUAGGCCAGGGCGCGAAUUAAGAUCGCUCGAUCUGAUGGUGUCCGGGGUCUUGGCUGAUAUUUCGUUUACAAGAAGAACCUUCCUUAGCGACUGGAGAAAAAGCUGAUAAAUCAUUAACUUAACUCACAAUUUUGGUUAGGAACAGUAUGUUGUUUAUACUAUAAUGUCAACCUAGUAGUUAACCUAAUCCGGGCCGAUACAGACCUGCAAGAGAUCCUGCACCACUCUUCAGCUCACAAGUCGUGCUACGAAAGUGGAGCAAGGAGCCAUGAAAAAUGUUUGUUGUGGUAAUUUUGCAACUCUGAAGAUUGUAAAGCAAGACUCUGUUAUUUUACAUGUGUCAAUUGCAGAGAGUAAAAAACAAACACAUUGUUUCAUUUCAUUAUUGUAGCACACAAUACUUGUUUUUCAGUCUCCUUUGUUUUAUCUAACGGUUUGUUUUUCUUUCUUUAGGUUGUCUGUGGUGCUGAACACAACAUGGUUUUGUUGGGUUUGUUAUUUUCUCUCUUCGGUUAACAUUUAAUUGGCUGUGUCAUGGCUGUCCUGUUCAUUUUGUUUCUAAUGCCAGUUACGCGUCUUUACUCGUUAUGAAACUUGAGAAAUUACUUGUAAAUGACAAGAUCACCGGUUUGUGUCAAACAAUUAUGUUUCCCAAGCAUUAUAUCAAACGUUACAAACUACAAAAAUGAACUUGAAAACUGUUAGGCUAACAAUGUUUCAAAAACCACAAUUGCAAUCCGUUUCAAUCUUCUUCAAGUUUGUCCAUCCGUGCCUCGAUUUGUCUCUGUUGUGUCAUUUAUACCUUAUUCUAACUUUUUGAGCGGUUAUUUUUAUGUUUCACUCAAUUUGGUGGCAGUUUCCACUUUUUUAAAUUUUGAUAAAGUAAUACAACAACAAUAGUUACUCUGAAGCAGAAGCAUAUAUGCUUCUGUCUGAAGUUAUGAAUAUAUGAAAAUCAUAUACGAGAACUGCGAGGUGAAGAAUUAUUUGAAAGAAGAUCAUCGAAGUUAUAGACGUAACUUUUGCAGUUGCGAAAAGAAAGCCUGAAAAAAAAAAUUCAGGCUUGUACGGGAUUCGAACCCUUGAACUCUGCGAUACCGGUGCAGCGCUCUACCAAUUGAGCUAACAAGCUUGGCUUGUUGUUGAUUCCGUCUUUCGGACGGAAGUUGAUAUGUAGCCUACUCUUUUUAUCCUAGGUUGUGGUUCUGUUAUGACUUGGGGCUGGAAUGAACACGGAAUCUGUGGCACUGGGGAUGAAAUUAAUAUCCACCUACCAGGCGUGGUGGCCAAGCUUCAAGGUUCUCGUGUGAGUGUGAUUGGAUGUGGUGGAGGACACAGUUUUGCUGUUGUCAGCAGGUGACAUCUUCACAUCCAAGCCUUCACUGUGUUUGGAGACACACCUUUACCUAAAUAGCGUAUUUUGAGUACUUGUAUAAAGAUGGGGAUUGUGCU